CUUGGCUCCACCACGGGAUGAUCCCAUAACAAUGGCUGAACUUGCGAAGUGUGAUGGUGAGCAAUCGGAGAAGAUGUACAUAGCCAUCAAAGGCACCGUGUUCGACGUCUCGCAUAACCAUGCUGCCUAUGGUGUUGGUAAGGGUUACCAUGUUUUUGUUGGCAAAGACGCGUCACGAGCUCUUGGGAAGAGCUCGUUGAAGCCCGAGGAUACAUCACCCGAUAUAAGUUGGGACUACUCAACCUUGACGGAGAAACAAUUGAAGGUCUUAGAUGACUGGUUUACAUUUUUCAGUAACAGAUAUAAUAUCGUGGGCCGUGUGAGCGAUCUUCCGGUAAAGAAGGAAGUUUAGGGUACUGUGGUGGACCCAGGAGCUACUUAUUUAUAAUGUUUCAGAUGAGAAUGUUUACUUAAAUCUUUACACCGACAGAAAAGUCGUGCACGGUGCUUGUAUUUCAAG